UUGGCAAUUUUCCGAAUAAUUUCAGUUUUCAUUAAUUCGAAGUUCCCUUCUAUUCUCUCAAUUUCUCCCCUCUCCCUUCCUCCGCCAGCCACUUCAACCUCACUUCCCAAGUUGCCACUUCCAUCCGUUCCAAACGUAGAAACGAUUUCAAUUCCUCCAAAUUCAGUGGUUCCAAACAGGAGUUCAACGCAAGCAAUCCUUCCAUCACUCAACCAUUCAUGUGAAUUUCAAGAUGGUUGGUACAUGUGAAGCAAUAGCUUCGGGUGGAACUAUCUCAUCAAGUGAUUUUUACAAGGCUGCUUCUGCUUUUAUUCAUAGAUGGAAACUUAUCAAUUCUGAUUUUCCUUCAUGGUCAUGGGUUCCAUAUCAGAAAUUACGGUGGAUUAGUUCUGAUGAUAAAGUUGACGGAUACUUAUCUUUGGAGAAAAUAUGCCUUCUGAGACCACAAGAGAACGAGCAGGAGAAAGGAGGGUGUUUAGAGGAAACAGAUAUUGAUGGGGCUGGCAACAACAACGAGUAUCUUGAUGAAGCUACAUUAGUCCCACCCCCAAGUGACCAAGAAGUACAUUACUAUGAUUUUCACAUUCUGCACUGUGCAUCAUAUAGUGUUCCAGUGCUAUACUUUCGAGCUUACUGUUGUGAUGGACAACAGCUGAUGUUUGAAGAAAUUGAAAAGGAUCUCCCAUCACAGUCUGUAGAUACAUUAUUGAAUUCAAAAUGGACAUUUAUUACUCAGGAGGAGCAUCCAUAUUUAAACAGACCAUGGUUCAAAUUACAUCCUUGUGGAACCAGUGAAUGGAUGAAGCUACUCUUUCUUAGUGAUGCUUCUUGGUUCAAUAAUGAAAUAGCUAUUGAAAGAUAUGUUGCCUCAUGGCUCUCAGUUGUGGGGCAAGUAGUUGGCUUGAGGAUUCCUAUGGAAUUGUUGAAAGAAGUCAGUGGCAGUCAGCUUUGAUUCUGGAGUUCAUCAGCAUUUCAGCAGCCUUGGCGAGGAUGACUCAUUUUAAGGGCAUUGCUCGUGAUCUAAUUACUGAUGGUGGUAAUUGGUUUUGAUUCCUAGAAUUAGAACUCCAUGCUCUAGUAGAGAAGUCAAAACCUGCCUGAGAUGAGAGAUUGGCUUUAGCAAGGGGAGGAUAUCGCACUGAAAGCGGGGCUGCCAAGAUUGAUGUGCACUCCUUUUGAGGUCGGAGGCUUUAUCCUUCAUUUUUUACAAUUGAACUAAAAAUUAUCCAUUAUCAUAUAUACUAUCAUUCUUUCAAGUUUUACCAUAUAUCUUGGGAUGUAUGUAUGUACAUUUAUGCAAAUUUAGGUGAUAAAGUGAAUGUGUAAAGGUGGACAAUGUUCAUUAUGGGAGCUUGUAAAUGUCUCCCUAAUUUCAUGUAAAAGGAUUUAUGGAUAAAUUAUUAGUUUGUUAUAGAAUUGUUCGUUAUUGGUUUA